GGGACUUCGGCCACUUCACUUCGCCUACCAGACCAUUAGACAGCAGCCAUGGACGGUGUAGAUCUUGUCAACAGAGAUCCUAACAAUCUUAACGAUCAUAUCAAGGUCCAAUUUGAAGAUGUGCUGGCCGAACCCGAGGGAGCCCGCAGUAUCGACUGCGUGUGGAAACUCUCAUACAGUUGUUUCAACUGCUGGCUCGGACUUUGCUACAAACUCAUGACCCUCUUCUACGGAAUCUGUAUCGCCGCCGAGUGGGGUUGUGAGUUUGCUAGUAUUGCUUUCUACCAUGUCUGGUACAUCACUCCAAUGUUGAGAAUGUGCGAGAUCAACUGCGCCGUGUGUACAAAGAUCACGAAGACCUGCAUGAGCUGCUGUAUGGAGCCCUGCUGCGAAGCAUGUGGAGCACUCUUCGUCCAUUUUAAGAAAUAAACAAAACUUUCAGGAAUGACUUUGUUUUGUGAUUAUCUAGUAUGGAGUCAUCAGACAGAGGUUAUUAACUAAUCAAUAACAGUUAUAACAAUUUUGUGACUCUACACUGACUGUGAUCAACGUAUUGAACUCGAUGUGAAUAUUACUACUGCCAGCAUUAAAAGGAACUUAAUAAGGUUAAAAUGUCGGAACCAUCUGAAAAAGAAGUGCACCAAGUAUCAUUUCUGUGCUACAUUGAGUGAUCAAAUGGAAUAUUUUUACUUUUGCCAUAAAGACAAUUUUCACAAAUGACAUGUAGCAAGGAAAUAUUUCAUAGCUUCACCUAGUUCUGGUCAUAUUUAUAUUUUUCGUCAUUUUGCUCUAUAAAUAUUACCAAGAAUGUUAUGUUAUAUUCUUGUUUAUUAAAAAGCCUUAA